GCAGCCUAUCUCUAUGGUUUCCGUUGUUUUUCUUCGGAAUGGGCGGAGCUUCCGGUUCCGGUGGGGCCGGCCCCAGCGGCGGAGAUGGCGGCGACGGCGGCGGAGCUCGCGGCCUCGGGCUCAGGAGAACCCCGGGAAGAGGCUGAAGCCCCCGGCCCCGCCUGGGAUGAGUCCCAGCUGCGCAGUUACAGCUUCCCGACCCGGCCUAUCCCGCGUCUGAGUCAUAGCGACCCCCGGGCGGAGGAGCUUAUCGAGAAUGAGGAGCCUGUGGUGCUGACCGACACAAAUCUUGUAUAUCCUGCCCUAAAAUGGGACCUGGAAUACCUGCAAGAGAAUAUUGGCAACGGAGACUUCUCUGUGUACAGUGCCAGCACCCACAAAUUCUUGUACUACGAUGAGAAGAAGAUGGCUAAUUUCCAGAACUUUAAGCCAAGGUCCAACAGGGAAGAAAUGAAAUUUCAUGAGUUUGUUGAGAAAUUGCAGGAUAUUCAGCGGCGAGGAGGUGAAGAGAGGUUGUAUCUGCAGCAAACACUCAAUGACACUGUGGGCAGGAAGAUUGUCAUGGACUUCUUGGGUUUUAACUGGAACUGGAUUAAUAAGCAACAGGGAAAGCGUGGCUGGGGACAGCUGACCUCUAACCUGCUGCUCAUUGGCAUGGAAGGAAAUGUGACACCUGCUCACUAUGAUGAGCAACAGAACUUCUUUGCUCAGAUAAAAGGCUACAAGCGAUGCAUUUUGUUCCCUCCGGAUCAGUUUGAAUGCCUCUACCCGUAUCCUGUUCAUCACCCGUGUGACAGACAGAGCCAGGUGGACUUUGACAAUCCUGACUACGAGAGGUUCCCCAAUUUCCAGAACGUGGUUGGUUACGAGACAGUGGUUGGCCCUGGUGAUGUUCUUUACAUCCCAAUGUACUGGUGGCAUCACAUAGAGUCAUUACUAAAUGGGGGGAUUACCAUCACUGUGAACUUCUGGUAUAAGGGGGCCCCCACCCCUAAGAGAAUUGAAUAUCCUCUCAAAGCCCAUCAGAAAGUGGCCAUAAUGAGGAACAUUGAGAAGAUGCUUGGAGAGGCCUUGGGGAACCCACAAGAGGUGGGGCCCUUGUUGAACACAAUGAUCAAGGGCCGAUACAACUAGCCUGCCAGGAGUCGAGGCCUCCUGCCAGGUGACUGCUAGCCCGUCCACACCGCUUCAUUGAUGAGGACAGGAGACUCCAAGCGCUAGUAUUGCACGCUGCACUUAAUGGACUGGACUCUUGCCAUGGCCCUGGAGGCAGGUGUUCGGGGCAAGGCAGGGUGGUUGGCACUCCACUCCCAUUCGGAGGGACUUCUUACCCUUGCCCCUGUGCCCCAGCACCUUCCCCCUCUGCCCCCUAAAGUCCUGCAUUCAGUGUGUGGAGUCCCCAGCUUCCGGUUGUCAUCAUGUCUGUGUUUCAGUCUGUCGACCUCGGGGUGUGUGUGCGUGCACACGCGUGGAUGUAUUUGUUCCUUGGUCUCCCCCUCUGGGUCAGGAUGCCACUUCUGGCUCUCAGCUCUGUCUCCUGCAACCUCAGUGCCUCAGCCUGAGAGAGAGGAGAGCCUCUUGUACACCCACUACAUCUGGGCUGCAGGGCCACAGUACCGUAACCAUGCAGUCAGUCUGCCCCCCUCCCAGGUUUCCCAGAGUGAGGUUCCAGGCUGGUGAGGAUGGUUGCUGGGACUCCAUUGAGGAGCGGGAGGGUGGCUUGCUUUUGAGAGCCUAGAUAGUGUCCUAGGAGAGCGAAUCAGACUGGGUUCCAACUUGGACCUUCAAACUCAAGCCAUACACAGAAAAGCGCCUUGGGACACAGGAACCAAGGAUUGUGCAUAGCUUCCAGAUUACAGACACAUAAGCUUCUCUCUUCCAGCACCAGCUCUUGCUCUCUGUCCUGGGUGUCAGGAGAGCCCUCCUAGCAGUGGCUUCUCUAGGUUCUAGGAGUGCAAGCCUCUGUGUGGAUGUGUGUGCCUGUGUGUGUUCAUGUGUGUCCACACUGGCCUGCCUCUUCUCCUUACCAUGUUUGUACUACUUCACCUCGUGCAGUGGGACAUACAACGGGAGCCCCAAGGCAGUACUGCCUGGCCUGAUCUAAAGCUUUUAAACUCAUUUUUAGCCAUUGGGUGUUGGUCAGGUCUCACUACAACCUGCCUGAGGCUGACUGGCUAGAGCCUGCAGGUCCUAUGACCCUUUCGGGCCAGGCCACGUCCUCUACGUCUGCCGAGCUUCUUGGCCGAGUAGACAAAAUGGGGUCAAGCCUGGGCAUCUAACUCACCACCCUGUCAUCCACCUCAUGGCAAGGGCAAAAAUGUAGCCUUGCGUCUUAAAGCCAGCGCCUCCGUCAGACCCCACUGCAGUGUUCCAACAACACCCUCAGAAGUCAGGGCAACUUGUGGAGCAUGGAGUUGAACUUCCUUUUCUGUUAAUCGCUACUCACGGGAACCCCUCUCAGGGCUGCAGCUUACAGCGAGGCAGCUGUGCACUGCGCAACUCAAAGGGCCAUUUGUCACAGCUGUUCAGUGAAAGUGGGUCCCCUGGAAUUGGGCAGUGUGGUGGCCCUGCGUCUCCUCACCUCCAUCCCCAUCUCCAUGCCCCUACUCUCUGGAAAGAAAAAGGAAUUGGAAGUGUCUGGGUUCAUUUUUCUCCUUUUUUUUUUUUUUUUUUGGCCAAAGGUUUACUUCCAGUGUCUGAGCUUUGGCCCUUACCCCCACAGCUCAGUUUACAGUUACAGUGCACUGACCGACUGAGAGGAUACGUGUGUGUGCAUGUGUGCACCUGUGUGUAUUUUGGGGAGGGGUGUUUAUUUUUAGUACCCCAUCCUGGGGGUCUCUGAUGCAGUGUGGGUGUGCAAACACGGUACCUUCUCAAGUGUAGUUCUUUCAAAUAUAGCCAAUGCUGGAAAAUGUGAUUGCAGUGAUCUCCAUCCCUCCCUACAUCUCUUUUGCGAAAGGACCGCAGCACAGAAAACAAGGCAGACGGUAAACUUGACCACAAUCACACUUGGAAAGAUAGCAGAUUAUUUCUUUCUCCUCAGCAGGUCUGCUGCAUUCCUGGCUUAUUCCUUAAAGAUGUGGGUGUUGGGUGGCAGGGAAGCAUGUGCUACUCAGCUGGUCCUCUCUGGGUGCUAUGCUAGCCACACCGAAGGGGAGGGUCCUUCACAAAUGGGUCCUGAUCCUUGGAUAGUAUAAUAGCGACCCCAACUUAAUAGACACUUCAUACGUACCUAGUGCUUUUAUCUUUAUCCUUCACUAUGCUGCAAGGUAGGUAUUCUCAUUUUACAGCUGAAAAAUAAGUGAUGAGUGUCAGUCAGGAUUCACUCCUAGUACUGUUUGGCUACAAACCCCCCUGCUGCUCUUUUCCACCAAACUAUGUUGAUUCUCCUACCUUACCUCCUUUGGACUAUAGGCUGUUCUCAGGUCUCACCUACUGAGCAGUAUCUAGUGCAGAUAGACUUAGGCCAAAACAAUAUAGAAGGUAUAGCUCAAGACGAAUGCUCUUCUGGGCUCCAGCUAAAGACUUCUUGGGGAAACUGAGUUCUGGAUCCCACUGAAUUACUUGUGUGUCCUUGAAUAGGUCCCAUAAUUGCUCCCAGUAGGCUUCUGCAUCUAUAGGAUUGAAGAUGUGGAUCUAGAUACUAAGAACUUUUGAUGCAUGUUCUGCCUCCAUUUCUCCAAAUGAAAGUGAUUGAGGCUCUUUCCUUCACAUACCUAGGUUAGGGCUGUUCAAGCUCAAACUGCUCAUAGCGGGGGAAACAUUUCCUCUGUUGCUUAGUCCUAUCUGGCAGUGGGAAGGCAGACAUACCAAGGGAAGAUGGGCCUGGAUGAGGGUUAGCCAUGUUGCAAGCGCCUGUUUGUUACACCAGCAGGUACAGAAGAAGCUACUGUCUUGUGAAGUCAAAUAUUUGUUGGGGGGUUGGAAUUUGGGUGGUGGAGGAGGGGCUGUUCUGGGCAUCAGUUGAGCAGAUGCCCAGGAUGCCUGGGGGAGACCAGCUUCCCCUACAAAUCAGAGCUCUAAAUUACAAGGUUUUUACCAACGCGAACAGUUGGGGGAAGUCGUCUGCUCUCAUUUGCGUAAUGGUUUCUGUCACUGGUGAUUAGACACAGGAUGAAGGAAAAGAAAUUUGACAAUUAGGAAUGAGCAAUCAUUAAUCUGAAUCUGUUAGGAGACAGGGGAAGGAUCCUUAUCAAUGGGCCAGCCCAACGUGAGGAGACCUUCCUGCCCUUCAGAGACUUUGGGGCCAUAAACCCUCUCUUUGUCCCCACAGCAGGCUGAACUGAUGCUUCUUAACAAAGAUUAGGUGGGCCCAGUCUCCGGUUUGAGGUGGUUGAUGGAACAGACAUCUAGAGGCCCGAACCAACAAAAACAGAAAGGUGUCAAAUGCAGGUGAUAGGGCAAAGAAUGACAGUAGAAUGGUUUUGACAUGUGUUUGAUGUUUGUGGAAAAUAUUUUUAUAAUCAACACUAAAUACCCCACCUGUGGCAAGUAUUUGUUACUUUCCAACACUGCAGGGUGUGGAGACAACCUGCUCUUUAUCCUCUAGGAGCUUCUGCUUAAUUGGAGAGGAAACCACACAAAACAGGCAGAGGUUAUGAAGCCAUGUAUUGUGUAUCCUGUGAGGACAAGAUUAGAGACUGUUGAGAGAGGAGGAAGGUCAGGAGGGAGCAGAGCUCAGCUUCCACUCCCACCCCCCAAGCCCCUGGGCCCUCCAGGAAGGACUCUCCAUCCUAGGCCUCCCAGCAACGUUGUUCUUACACUCCCCACCCCUUCCCAAAUGUGUGAGCAGGUGAUGAGAUGAACAGGCUGAGCGUUACGGUGUGGAGAGGCCCAACUUGGAUCUUCCUAGGUCUCCGUGUCACCCCACCUCUCAUCCAUCUCUUCAAACAUCAAGGACAGUAUUUGCAUCAAUUAUUUGUUUCUCAGCUUUGUGACUUGUUGGGCUCCCUCAAGGAUUGGAGGCAGCAGUGGCGGUACUUUGUCUCCUCUCAGAAUGUGAACUUCUGUGGACAGGGCUGUGUCUUCUCCUGGGAAGUUCCGUACCUGUGGGUCUUCUCCCCUUCAGAUACAGUGCAGGGUUUGGUGGGACUGCAGGGCAUGGCCCUCUGACCAGUUUUACCCAAACAGGGUGAAUACUGGGAUGCACCCAGAAGUGAUCAUGAGGUUCCAGAGGCCAUGGUUUUCUGUCCAUGUUGUCUUCCCUUUUUCUGGGACCUCCAAUGCUCCCCCCACCCACAAAUCCCUGCCCAGUUCUCUGGUAUCCUCUCAAGUUGCCUGCUCUGAAGAGAUGUACCAUUUUCCUUUUCCAGGGCACCCCAGUUUUUCCUACUUCUGCCUGGUCUCUCCAGCAGCCCCUUCACCAAGGUCAUUUUUCCUCAGAAGUUCCAUGGGUGCAAGUGGUUAAAUAUUUUCUUUAGGAUCCAUUCAUCUUUUUUUUUUUUGGUUGCACCUGCAUUUAUGUAGAAUUUCCUGGGCCAGGGAUCAAACCCACGCCACAGCAGUGAUGCAUGCCACUAUAGUGGCAAUGCUGGAUCCUUAACCUGCAGUGCCACAAGGGAACUCUCAUCUUCCUUUUCUGAUCGGCAAUAUUUUAUUUACUCUGGGUUAGUCCAUCUGUUCUGUGUCUGCUCUGUUGCUAUUCUUUUGUCACUUCUGUACAUCCUGCUUUAGCUUUUCUCACUCUGGGGGCCCUUUCUGCUAGUCUUCAGCCAGUUUGUUUAAUCCUCAUAGGGCUUAGGAUCCUCAGUGGAACCCUGAUGAGCACAUUUGAUGCAUUUCUGGGAAGUGAAGCCUCAAAUACCAGCAGCCUUGAGGCCCAGAAAUCUGUGGUUGGGCCUCCAGAGAUGAGUGAGGGGGGGAACGUAGAGAGUUGUAGGCAGUGGAGAACCAGUAAGGGGAGAUUGAGCAGGAGACUCCCUGGGAGGGAGGCUGGGCCUGGGAAGCCAGGAGCAGGGGAGAACUGAAUUUUGUGUUUCUGUCUAAUGCAUCUGUGUGCCUUAGCGUCCAACAGUUCAGGGAUGGUGGGUGUUUUGUGAAUGUCGCCUAAUUUUUCUCAGGUGUCUUUGGUGAUGCUCCAAGUCACCAAAUUUGGCUGACUUCUGCAUUUCACUGUUUGAUGGAAGGAAAAUAGCAUAUCGAGUAGUCAUGUGUCAGGAGUGGAGGUCUUAGAUGAAAAAGGCCUUGGAAGGUGUGGUAGCAGGAGAAAGGGACCCAGUGCUUAGCUUAUUUACUCAGACUUGCUUCACUCCUCCAAUGUUCAGUACAAUAGCUGAUUAAAGACGUUUAAAAAAACUGGGCCUUAACUUCUUCGCCACCUAAAAUCUGUUCCUCAGGAGUAUUUUGAGAAGGAGCCUGUGUCUUUAACUUCACUGAGAAACAGUCUAUAGUGUUUAUACCAUGGAUUUGGGAGUUAGAUGUAUUUGGUUCAGAUUUCUAGCUUUGCUACUUACCAGCUGGGUUUGACCUUGUUGAUUGACUUGACCUCUCUGAGCCUCAAGUUUCCUCAACUGUAAUGCUAUGUGUAUAGGGGAAGGGGGGUGUUGAAAAUGUCUACCUCAGGGCUGAUGAAUUGAUUGAAACAAUGUUUGUAAAGCUUUAGCACAGUGCCUGGAAAGCACUUAAUAAAUGGCUGUGGUGGUGGUUGUUACAUUUAUUAUAUGGCUUAUUCAGAAACCUGAUCUCAGUGAUUCCUUCCCUCUGAAGCAUAGGGGGAAAUAAGGAAAUUAUGCUGGAGAAACUCAUAUUGAGUUGGGGGCAAACAGAAGAGCCUUCGUACUUAAACCCCCCUGAGAGGGAGGGAAACAGGGAAGAGUCUGAUGCCUUGUGCUUGGUCAGCCAGCCUUUCCCACUGUCCACACCAGCCCAGGGCCACCAUGAGAAGCUGGCAGGUGUGAGCCCUUCUUACACUGUGAGGUGGGUGAAGGCAGCUGAAUGUGCCCAUUACACCUGGAGAAGCUGUUGCCAGCCUCAUAUACUGUGAAACAAAUCAGGCCCCUAUGGUUCAGUUUUAUUUCAUGCCCUUCUGUGUAUUCAAGUUAUAUAUGGGUUGAGACUAUUCUAUGUGAGAGGGGCAUUCAGAAGAGAAUUCUGAAAAAUUUAAAGGUGAGGUCUUAAGAGCUAUCAUUUGUGGAGCCUUGAGCAUUUCUGUUCUAGAGCCAGUGCUGGUCUCUACCCAUGUGCUCCCAGUUCACUGGGGUGUCGAACAGACAAUCUGUUACAAGGUCGGCGGAGGAGAAGCAUCUGAAAGCUCAGGCGUUCACGAUAGGCUUCCUGCAAGAAGUCACAAGGUCUAAGCUGGUAUCUGGAAGAUAACCAGGAAUUGGUGAGUAGUAAAAGACAUGGUUCUCCUCUAGCUUCUGUCUCUCUCCCAAUCCCAAAGCAAGCACUCUAUUCCUCCAUGUUUAAGGUUUUCACAAAUCACUCCUAGGAAAGAGCCAGACACCCCCCCCCCACACACACACACACAACCCUUAGGUUAGCCACAGAAACUUUUGAAAAUCAUUUUGGUUGUCAGCCCUUUUGUCCUGGAGUACAGAUAGAUUGGACUUGCUCAUUUGUAACCCCUUCACUGCUUCCUCGGAAGACUACAUUCUGGCCUCUGAAGUCUCACCCUGCCACCCUGCUUGGAAGAGUGCUAGAUCCAGUUUCUCAGUCACCAGCCCGAGGUGACUGCCUGAAAUUCUCAGCCUCUUCCACACUGAUAGUCUACCCCUAGUUGCUCCCCUCACCCCCAUGUGAGCCAUGCCUCUCUUCGGCUUCCCUCUAACCACUCAUGUCCUCUUGCCUCUGGCUGUGGUCUCCAGCCCCUUGGGUGAAGAAGACCCCUCUCUAGCUAGUGCUACACCAUCUCUGGACUGCAGGCCAUUCUGUAGUCACUUUGCAGUCAUCUCUUGGGCUCUGGGCUUGGAAGCUUUCUCUUUUCCCCCAGAGAAUGUUACUGUGUUUAUUCAGUUUGCUUAAAGCUUAAUCACUUGGUCAUUGAGGUCAAUCCUGCGCUUCAGGGAAGCUCUGAUUCAUGAUUCCAAAUCCAAGCUGCUUCGGGGCUAGGUUUUUAUUACUUCCUGAAUGUAUAGUGAAGGGUGCAGUAUGGAGUAAUGGUUAAGAAUGAAGGCUUUUAUUUAGCUUUGAAUCUUAGACCUUCAUCCUGUGUGACCUUGGGCAAAUGACAAACUGCCUGAAACUCAAUUUCAUAUAUGUGGGGAUAACCCUAUCUUGCCAGGGUUAUAUGACGUAAGGUAUGUAAAGAAAGACUGAGCAGGGUGACUGUUCUGAGCAAAGGCUCGGUUGUCAUUGGCUUCUGGCGGUCCAGCCCUUGCUUCCAGACCGUUUACUUCUCUUCCCCAUCCAGCUUUCUGAAAAAAGUACUGCUUCUACUCCCAGAGCAAGUCUUGUUGUCAAGUCAUAGGCAGAGCAGAGGUAUGAGCAUAGAUUUUCUGCUCGUGUUAGCAGUCUCUACCCCUGCUCAGUGACACCAGCUCACAAGGACUCUCAUACUGCCAUCACUAGGGAGUAAUCUUCCUAAAUUUUUUAUGGUAUUAAAAAUACCUGAAAUAGAACUUCCAGUUGUGGCUCAGUGUUAACGAACUCCAUUAGUAUACAUGAGGAUGAGGGUUCUAUCCCUGUCCUCAUUCAGUGGGUUCAGGAUCCUAUGUUACUGUGAGCUGUGGUGUAGGUCACAGAUGUGGCUUGAAUCUGGCGUGGCUGUGGCAUAGGCCGGCAGCUGCAGCUGAUUUGACCCCUAGCUUGGGAACUUCCAUAUGCCACAGGUGUGGCCCAAAAA